AUGGCAACCGGCUUCGAAGUCGCUGGGCUCGCUCUUGCCCUCUUCCCCAUCCUCGUCGAGGCCCUCAAAUUCUAUGCCGAGGAGAAGGGGGUGGCCAAGGACUUUCUCCACUACCAACAUGUCCUCAAGCGAAUCGUCCGCGACCUAGGCCGUGAGCAAGUCACAUUCCGCAACUCUUGCCAGCGCUUCCUGGAGGAUCUCACUCUCCGAUCGGAUCUCACCACCGACGAGGUGGACCGCAUGAUGCGAGACCCUCAACAUCCACGCUGGACGGAAGGCUCUUGGUUGAGGUCAGACAUCCUUGAUCUGGAGUCAGUCCAACGCUUUCUGGAGACCGUCGAGGACAUGCGCGAAGACCUCGCCAAGAUCAGCGAAUCUGUCGGAGUCGACCAGGAUACCACGCCAGAGCUUCUGGACCGCAAAACCCGACACCGACAGUGGAAGAAGCUUGUUUUUGUGAUUAACCGUGACAGGAUUACAGAGCACCUGAAGACCGCAAGUCGGCUCAACACUUUCCUCGCACGGCUCACCGACCAAGUCCAACCGACGGCCCCGACCCGCCGAUCACGCUAUAAAUCGACGAGACACUACAAGCGGAUUCGAGACCAUGCCAUCGACCUCUAUCAUACCCUUCGAUCAAAGUUCCCGACUCCUCCGACGUGCAACUGCAUGCUGAACCAUGAGGUCAACAUCAGAUUGGAGUUUCGGGGCGCCAAACAAGCCAGAAAGUCGAGUUCCUUCCAUACCGUCUUCUCCUUGACCCAACCAGCAUCUGUGCAUGACCCAUCGGGUCUCUGGCGAGAGUUAGAGUUGGAGGACUGGGAUGACACUGAGAAUGUGCUAGCUGCUUCCGGUCAUCCGAAAAUACCGCAGCAGAAGACCAGUUCGAGAUUUUCCUCUCUUCUGCACAGCGUACGCUCGCCCAAACAAGUGGUAUUUGCAGUGAACACUCUCAAUACCAAUAAACCGAGCCAGAGUUGCGCAGAGAUUCAGGAUUUAUGUAUACUCGUUACCACGCCAACAACGUCCAACGACUGGUUAGGUUUUAUCAGCAAUGGCACGAAAAGGAAACAUCGCCUGCGCGAUAUUCAACAACCGCAUGUCGUCAACAUGGGCAAAGGACGGCCACCCACAAUAUCCCUCUCACGGGCAUUUAUCGCGCACAAAUCACCAAGCCACGGCCUCAGGUCGAAGCUGGGAUUGAAGCUAGCAUCAUCGGUCAUGCAGCUACACUCCAGCCACUGGCUUUCAGAUACUUGGGACGCGCAGGAUAUUCUCCUGUUACAGCAACCCGACGGAACCGUCAAAGUCACAGACCCAUUUAUCCAACUUAUCUUUGGCGCAAAUGACCCGAGUCGCACCGAGCCAAGAAGAUGUGCACCCUCCAUUAUUCCCGCCGCACCCUGUCUUUUCGCGCUAGGAAUAGUUCUCAUUGAGCUAUGGCACUGGAUGCCAUUUGCGCAGUUGAAGACCAAUGACGAGAGGUCCAUGGCUCCCCCUGAAAUCUCAGACUUAGUGACUGCAAAGCGUCUCAUCAAGUCGAUGGAUAUUGCGGGGGCAAUCUACGUCACCGCGGUGCAGAGAUGCGUGUUCGGCCUGGAUGCCGCUUGCACGUCUCUUGGAGAAGAUAAGUUUCGCGAUGAAGUGGAAGAAAAGAUUAUAUUCCUCCUUGAAGAGCACCUCCGCCUAUUCUGCAACAAGGACACUGUGGAAGAGUGUUUUUAA